AUGACGACGAUUGCAUCCGAAUACUCUAAUGAAGUGGCGCAUACGCCCAUUCAGCACCAGUUCAAUCCUUAUACCGACAAUGGUGGUACAAUUUUGGGGAUCGCAGGUGAAGAUUUCGCUGUACUAGCUGGUGACACUAGACACACUACCGAUUACUCUAUUAACUCACGUCAUGAGUCUAAAGUGUUUGAUUGCGGUGACAACAUAGUAAUGUCUGCAAAUGGGUUUGCUGCAGAUGGUGAAGCAUUGGUUAAAAGAUUCAAGAAUAGUGUGAAAUGGUACCACUUCGAUCACAAUGAUAAGAAAUUGUCGCUUUCUUCUGCGGCAAGAAAUAUUCAGCAUUUACUAUAUGGUAAGAGAUUUUUUCCAUACUAUGUGCACACAAUUAUUGCCGGACUCGAUGAAGAGGGUAAAGGUGCAGUCUAUUCAUUCGACCCUGUGGGUUCAUACGAGAGAGAACAGUGUAGAGCAGGUGGUGCAGCAGCAAGUUUGAUUAUGCCCUUUUUGGAUAACCAAGUGAAUUUCAAGAAUCAAUUCGAACCGGGCACUAAUGGGAAAGUAAGAAGACCGCAAACUUACCUGAGUAUCGAAGAAGUUAUAAAAUUGGUUAGAGAUGCAUUCACCUCCGCUACGGAGAGACACAUUCAAGUUGGUGAUGGGUUAGAAAUAUUAAUUGUGACAAAGGAUGGUGUAAGGAAAGAAUUUUACGAAUUAAAGAGGGAUUGA